UACAAAUUCCAUUUAUUCGUACAUUUCAUUUUUUCUUCUUAAGCUGUAAUACUGUAUUGAUAUUGCCACCAUACUGCGUACCUUUAGUACAUUUCCCAUAACGAGGUUUUACGGAAUACUAAAGAAGGUGUUGAGAAAAAAAGAAGAGAGAAUGAGAGAGAGAGAGAGAGAAAGAGAGACGGAUACUGCUAUAGCGAGAAGAACAUUUACGGAUUCUUAUUCAGUAUAGCAAAACCAUGGAUUUCUUUGACACGCGUUAUUUUAGGAUUAACAAGUUCUUCCUGUCUUUCAUCGGUCUUUGGCCAUAUCAAACAUCCUUCAUAAAGCUCCUAACUCAGUCGUUCGCCAUAUUUGGCGUUACAAUAAUGUGCGCGCCACAGAUUGCAUAUAUGUUCAAGCAUGUGGAUGAUUUGGAUAAUAUGUUCGAGCUCAUGCCAAUUCUAGCUGGCACAGUGAUAUGUAUUGCAAAAAUCAUCAGUCUGACUUGCAAUUCCGAAAUGAUCAUAGUUCGAAUGGGAUCGUCUGAAAUUAUGCGAUAUGUAGCUCUUAUGCUAAUGCAGAGUUGCCGAUUAUUUUUCAAUAGUUGGGCCGGACAAGAAGUGACCGAUCACAGCGUCGAAGUCUCGAUAGCAGCUUAUGAUGGAAUAUGGUAUAAUGCAUCUGUAAAGGUGCAAAAGUUAUUGUUGUUUCUAAUCGCGAGGAGUCAGAAAGCCUCUCAAAUAACAAUCGCAAAAUUAUAUGUCAUCAAUCUGGAAGGUUUCAUUUGGAUGGCUACGUUCGUGAUCGGUUUUGCAUUAUUGCCGCUUGUCAACCCACUACUCGAUGUUUUAUCACCGUUAAACAUAACAAGGCCAAAAAAAUUUAUAUAUCCAGCUGAAAUGCUGGUCGAUCACGAAAAAUAUUACUACAUUCUGCUUACAAUUAUGUAUUACAGUUACUUCGUGGCUUGUGUGGUUACAUUGGCAAUUGAUACAAUAUAUUUCGCCUUUAUAGAACAUGCUUGCGCAUUGUUCGAUAUCUUAAAUUACCAUUUGAAGAAUAUGGUCAAAGGUCGGUCAAAGCAAGAAGCUCAUCACGAUUCUUCUUCGAAGCAAAAUAAUAUUGUCCAGCACUUGAUUCGAUGUAUCCUCCUGCACAUAAAAAUAAAAGCAUAUAAUGGAGCAUGGUAUGAGACAUCAAACACAGCCAAAAAGAUGCUCUUAAUGCUAAUCCUAAGGAGUCAAAUGAUCAGUGAAAUAAAGGUGGCAAAGUCCUUCGUGAUGAAUCUAGAAAACUUCACUGUGAUUGCAUUCUUGUUCAAACGUAUGAGACGCUUGAACGACUUUUACGAUGUUCUACCAACUUUUCUUGGCACAUGUAUAUGUCUCUUGAAAACAAUUGGUCUUCAGUGGCAGACUGAAAAACGAUUAUGCAAAGAAAGACAAUUUCUUUUACUAGUUUUUACCCUCACGGGCGCAGCCAGUUUCGUAACGGCACCACUCACCAUACCGUUACUUGACAGUAUAUUGAUGUCAAAUGUAACAAGAACAAAGCGAAUGCCGCAUCCGACGGAGUUCUUUUUGGAUAUGGAAAAAUAUUAUUAUAUUCUUUUAGCAUUAACGAUUGUGGGAUACAGUGUAUGCUGUAUGGUAAUAGUAGCAACCGACACCAUCUAUCUGGCCCUGCUGCAACAUAUCUGUGGUACACUAGCUAUACUGAGUUAUCGUUUGAAAAGGUUGGCUACACGCGAUAUAUCAAAAAAAUGUUUCGAUCCCACAUCUAAAGAGGAUGGAGAUGUUGAGAAUAUGAUAGUGACUCGUACGGAAUUGGUAAGAAACGGUCCACUUGUACUCAUUCAAUCUCUUCGAUUCUUCUUCAAUAGCUGGCUAGGACAGAAAAUAAUAGAUCACAGUUCUCAAAUUUCUGUUGCCGCGUUUCUAACCGUAAUCGGCCAAUGGCCAUUUCAAUCGCGACUGGAGAGUAACAUGAUGUUCGCCAUUACAUCUUUGUCCACUUUCAGUUUUAUAUUCUUUCAGUUUUGGGGCUUAGCAGCUGGGAUAACGGAUCUGAGCAUCAUUAUGGAAAACACUUCGCAGAUACUGGUGAAUAGUAUGAUUGCUAUAAAGCUCAUUAAUUGCGUGUUUACUAAUGACAAAAUGAAAGUACUUCUGGAGGACAUCAAAAAGACAUGGAAGAUAGAACAUACAGAUGCAGAAAAAAAAAUAUUACAACAUUACGCAGAAAAAAGCAGAACUUUCACGAUAGGAUACGCCAAUCAUGUUCUUGACAUAGACAAAUAUUUCGAACUGUUGAUGCUUCACGGAUUUAUUAGCGUAUUCUACUUAUCCUCUGUGCCGUUAGCCGUCGACACAACGUUUACACUUUGCACCCAUCACAUCUGCGCGUUGUUUGAAUGCUUACGCUAUAAUAUAGAGCGCAUACGAGGCUUGGAUUUUGUAUUACUCGAACCAAAUAUUAAGGAUGAUGAAGUAUAUCGUGACAUAAUUGGCUGCAUCAAAUCAUAUCAACAUGCCUUAAAAUUUUUUGAUGUGCUCUCAUCUAAUUAUGCAACAUCAUUUUUCUUUCUAUUGGGCAAUGUAAUUAUAUCCUUGAGCUUCGGCGCGUUACUAAUGGUAGACAAUCAACUGGAAGAAAUUGUCCGACUUCUUGCUGUUACUUUAGCGCAAUUAUUACACAUAUAUUUCCUAAGUUUAAUUUCUCAAAGAUUGAUCGAUCACAGCAGCGGACUUCAAAAUGUAAUUUAUAGCUGCGAUUGGUAUAAGAUUUCGAGGAGAUCGAAACAUCUCUUGAGCUUUACUUUGCUGCGUAGUACUAAGCCGUGUCAAUUAAUAGCUGGUAAUAUGUUCGUAAUGUCGAUGGAGAAUUUUAGCUCGAUCUUAAAAGUAUCCUUAUCGUACUUCACGAUGCUUACGUCACUACAAUAA